AUGUCGAAAAACUUGAUGGUUUUUGGGCUUACCUUGAUGGUGGUAUGUGCAUGUUUUGCACCGAUUGUUGCUGGGGAUGAACCUCCUACUAUUGGCUAUGGAGCUAUAGGAAAAGAUGGCAUUCCUGGAUGCAGUCCAAAAAAUCCCAACGCAAAGGCAUGUAACGAAGUACCUGCGAAUCCAUAUGAUAGAGGUUGUGAAAAGGAGAAUCGCUGUCGAAAUGGGAGAAAGUUACUCGGAGAAGACACAAAAGUCGAUGUUCCCAUCAAUCUUGAUAUUCGGUUCACAGACCAAUGUAGUCGGUCGAGAACCGAACAACAUAUGCUUGUUACUACAUUAGAGAAUUCAAGGAAUAUCAUACUUGAGGAAUUUCUUUUAGAGUGCCUGGGCUUUGAUUAA